AUGGAGAAAAUCCCCACAAUAUCCGGUGACUGUUAUACAAGUGAAAUUGCAGAUGAAAUCGAGGGUUUUCCGUUCAAGAAUCAAUUGAAACAGCAAAACUACAAUUUGCAAUCUGCUAAAAUCUGCGAGAGCCGAAACAAAGGAGCUUUUCGAGAAACUGGGGACCAGAAACAAGAACAAUGUAUUGUUCUAGAAAUUCCUGAAAAACUAGAAUUAAGAAUUUCAUUUCCACAAACUAUUCAACAACCACAAAUACAACAUAAUUCAGCAACAAACACAAAUAAUAUAAAUAACUUUUUAAUAAAUAAUACUACAAACUUAUCUGACACAAUAACUACGCCUAAUUUUUUAGGUGACAACUUAAAUACAGCUUCUGAAUUUGGUACUUCUUACACACUAACCGCUGCUACUCCUACUGUGCCAACGGUUGGUACACCUUCAACUCCAUAUUUUAGUACCCCAUAUAUAAGUACUUCUCAACUUAGUCCUUCAUAUAUAAGUACCCCUCCAUAUAUAAAUCCUGCUGAGGAAGCAGAUUAUAACUCAAUAAACGAUAGCGAUCCAAAAAUAUUUGAUAAUUCUGGUCAGAGUUCCUCCUGGUUUAAUUUAUUUCCUACAUCACAAGACUCUCAACAAAUAUCACAGUUAGGAGAAGUAACAGAAGAAGAUAUAUUACCGAGUCCUCAAUCGUAUAUAAAUAUAACUGAACAAUUACAACAGUUACAUUUGCAACAACCGCAGUACCGUCAAUUUUCUUGCUCUUCGACUCCUCUUAUUCUUAAUUUUGAUAAUUUCAGUCCAAUAAUAAUGGAAAUGGACGAAGCUCAUAAUCCUUUAUCAAAAUCAAAUACAAUUAAUAAUAAUGAAAUUCAUGAUAACGAUCAUAGCCUAAAUCAUAAUAAUGAUAAUAUCAAUACUUCCAAUCUUAAUAUAAAUCCAACAUCAUCAGAAAUUGCAACAACUUCUUCUUCUCCAACAUUAACUUUCUCACUUAUUAAAAGAGAAGAAUCAAACAACAACAAUAAUAUUGAUGAAACUACUAUUUCGCUAACACAAAAAAUCCUAUCAUCUGCAUCACCUUCCACGAUAUCUUCAAAUCCUGGUGGUAUGAUAAGUACGGUUCAUAAUAAUUCCAGAUUAAUGGUUGCUAGUGAUGGAAGCGUUGGUGUUAAUACUAUUGCUGCUACAUCAGCAUCUGAUGCUAUCAGAAAACAUGAAAAUCAAUUAGAUCAUUUAACAGCAGAGCAAGAACAACAACGUAAUAAAAAACGUCCGCGUACAAGUCCUUUUGCUUGUGAAUAUUCAAAUUGCGGUUCCAGAUUCACUCGUAAACAUGACUUAAAGAGACAUAUCAAUGGCAUUCAUAAAGGCGAAAAAGUACAUGAAUGUAGUGUCUGUAGAAAACCCUUUUCUCGAAAAGAUGCUUGGAAAAGACAUGUUACAACUUGUGGAAAAAUCUAA